AUGACCUCUAAACUAGUGCCCUCCGACCCGGCCAAGGUCAUGGUCAUUCGCGACGUCGUUCCCAACGUCAUCACCACCCUUUCACUCCCGUUCUCGCGUUUCGGCCGUGUCAAAAUCGGUGGCAGAGGCACAAUCGUGCGCCUACAAUCGGGAUCUCUCGCAGUUUUUUCGCCCGUCGCCUUGACUGAAGAUGUCAAGCGCAAGGUCGCUGAGCUUGGGGAAGUCAAAUACAUUGCUGCACUGGAUGCCGAACACCACAUCUUCCUUGGCCCCUGGCACCAAGCCUACCCGAAUGCCCAGGUCAUGGGCCCUGAGACUCUCCCCGAAAAACGCCAAAAACAGAAGAACGAGAACGUCCCGUUCGCUUUCAUUUUCAGCAAGUCAAAGCCUGUUCAGACCAUUUCACCAGAGUUUGAUACAGAGUUCGACUGGGAAUACGUCCCUGCCCACGUGAACAAAGAAAUUGUCUUCCACCACAAGCCCACGCGCUCGCUCAUUACUGCUGAUCUAAUGUUCAACCUACCUGCUACCGAGCAGUACAGCAAAUCUGGUGUCGACCCCAACAGCGGAAUCUUGACAAAAAUCUUCGGUGCGUUGCAGAGUACAAAGGGCAAUGCCAUCUGGCAGCAACGUACGAUCUGGUACGGAACGAGCGCGAGCGAUCGCAUGGGCUUCGCGCAGUCAAUCUCCAAGAUCAAUGGCUGGGACUUUGAGAGGAUCAUCGCUUGCCACGGAGAUGUGAUUGAGGGCGAAGGCAAGGGUAUCUUCCAAAAGGUAUUCAAGUGGCACCUGGAUCUGGCCAAAGAGCAAGGCUGGUCUUUGAACUAA